AUGGAUCGCGACUCUUUUUCACAUCACGGUGGAUCCGUGCUGAACCACCGUGUCAUCAAUCUCAACAAAGCUGAAGGUCAUGAGAGGCUUUAUCGUGAUUAUUAUGCAGAUUCACCAACAUGUCCAUCACAAUUAUUUCACAGAAGGUUUCGUAUGCAUCGAUCAUUAUUUCUACGAAUUCAAGCAGCAAUUGAAACACAUGAUCAAUAUUUUGUUCAAAGAUUUGAUGUUGUAGAAGUUCUUGGAUUAUCAUCAUUCCAAAAAAUGACAACUGCAUUAAGGAUGCUCGCAUAUGGAUCACCUGCAGAUGCUGUGGAUGAAUAUGUUAGGAUUGGCGAAAGUACAUCAAUAGAGAGUUUGAAGAAGUUCAUGAAAAUAGUAGUUGAAGUAUUCGGAGAGCAAUAUUUGAGGCGGCCAAAUAAUAGUGAUAUUGCAAGGUUGAUGAGCGUGGCUGAGCAGCGUGGGUUUCCAGGUCAUGCCCAUGAACCAACGAUUAUUUUGGAAGCAAUAGCUUCUUAUGAUCUGUGGAUAUGGCAUGCCUUUUUUGGAUUACCGGGAUCAUUAAACGAUAUUAAUGUGCUAGAUAGAUCCCAUAUAUUCUCUGAAUUGGCAGAAGGUCGCGGUCCUGAAGUUUCGUAUACUAUCAAUGGACAUGAAUAUACCAUGGGAUAUUAUCUUGCCGAUGGGAAUAAGAAGAAAUUUUUUGCUACACAACAAGAGUCCACUAGAAAGGACGCCGAACGAGCAUUUGGAGUCCUACAAUCACGAUUUGCAAUAGUACGUGGACUGGGACGUAUGUGGGAUGUUGAAACACUCAAAUAUAUAAUGGCGUCUUGUAUCAUAUUGCACAAUAUGAUAGUUGAAGAUGAAUGUGAUAUAAUUCAUGAAGAUGUGGAUUUCAAUUAUGAUGCAGUUGCUGCUACUCCAACAAUUGAUUUGUCUCGCAAUCGCACAAGUGAAGUUAUGGAGUUCAUAUAA